AUGGAAUCCCAUAGUGUGGAGAGAAUUGAGAGUCAAAAUCAGAUCCCACAAACGCUGGAGCUAGUAAAGGAGGAACCUCUUUCUUUGGAACAUGCUUCAAUGGCAUUAAUGCAUUAUCAGGUAUUGGAAUUAUAUCAGUACCCUAUGCACUUUCACAAGGAGGAUGGUUUCCUUUUACAAAAAUGUAUGAAUGCCUCACCAUCAAUCAAGACAUAUCCUGACAUUGUUGCAGUUGAACUCCUCAUAUUAGAAGGUGACAAUUUGCAAAAAUUAUUCCCAAAUGCAAAUAUUCAUGUUGGAGGCUUGAAAAUUGUAGGAAGAGAAGUUUUUGUUAUUUUAGUUGCUCUUAUAAUAUUGCCAACAACAUGGUUGAGGAACUUAGGUUUAUUGGCUUAUGUUUCUGUUGGAGGAGUUUUGGCCUCUAUUAUUUUGGUUUGUGCAGUUUUUUGGGUUGGUGCAGUUGAUGGUUUUGGUUUUGAAGAGAAAGGUGAUAUUUGGAGAUGGAGUGGAUUGAUAGGUGCAGUAAGUAUGUUCACAUUUUGUUAUUGUGGUCAUGCUGUUUUCCCAACAAUAUGCAAUUCCAUGAAGGAUAGGAGCCAAUUUCCUAAGGUUCUGCUCUUGUGCUUUAUAGUAAGCACCUUCACAUAUGGAUCGAUGGCAACUAUGGGGUACUUAAUGUACGGGCAAAAUUUGAUGUCACAAAUAACCUUAAAUCUCCCUACUGGAAAAAUUAGCUCGAAAAUCGCGAUAUACACGACAUUGAUCAAUCCAUUAACCAAGUAUGCUCUCGUCGUCUCUCCAAUUGUGACUGCCAUUGAAGAUACAUUACCUUUUCGAAAGAGUAGAUUUAUCGUGAGCGACUUCAUCAGAACAUUUUUGGUUAUCAGCACAAUCAUUGCGGCGUUAGCCGUUCCGUUUUUCGGAUAUGUCAUGACAUUUAUAGGCGCAUUUUUGGGCGUUAGUGUGUCUAUAUUAUUGCCAUGCCUAUGCUACCUCAGGAUCAAGAAGCCUUCAUCAAGGAAUUUUGAUAUAGAAAUUAUGUUUAUUGGGGUGAUAUUAAUUUUUGGUUCUUCUGUUGCCAUAUCUGGAACUUACAUUUCUUUGAAAAGCAUCAUAAGUCAUGUUUAG